ACACCCUUCGACAAAUCCAACCGCUGGCGUUCGUCGCUGACCAACCAAGUAUCCAGACGGUUAAUUCGCCGCAGCCAUGCCAACGUACGAGAGUUUACGAAGGGGCCCACCUCCCGUUACCAGGCAGAAGAUCGCAGCUGUGAGAGCGCGCUUGAGCACACCAGCGACUACGUUCCACCACCUGUUGCUUGAUCCCUUCACACUCAAUGACUGUAAUUGGGGACUCCAAUCUCCGCAGAUCCAUGCUGUGGUGAAGGAACUGGAGUUUUUGGAGUGCGCAGGCACGUUCCAGAUCCAGCCUGAUCCCAGCUAUCGCCCCGACGAGACGCUUAACGCAAUGUUCGAUGACUGCGUGCGUACUCUGUGGCCUACGCUCAUGCUCUGGCUCGACUAUCUUUACCCCAUGCAUCAUAAAGGGACGCGCCGCCUCGGACAUGUACCCCUCCGAAUUCUCGCCCUCGUGAUCUAUACCCUCGUCUCCCGCCAGGGUCCUGUCGCCACUCUAUGCGCAGAAACACCACAGCUCUAUCGAUUGCUAUUCUAUCUAUGGUUGCGCUUUGACCAGUACUACACUCGUCGAACGAACUUUGGCAUUUGCAUGGAUGCCAUUGCGUGCGCUGUCACCAAUGCGAUGGGCGAACGAGCGUUCAUCGAGGAGAGAGACCGAUUUGGAAGCAUCGAUCGUGCUCCACUUUCCGUCUCUCCGCCUGAUCCAUUCUGCGUCGCCGGCGUGCUCGUAGCUGUACGAAAUCGCCCUCGGCAGGCCUACCGUCGGGCCCUUCAGCACGCGCACAAGCUUCUCGCCAUUGCUACCGGCACCAACAGCGAUGAUGCUUUCGUGAGCAUCAACGCAUUCCAGACCCACAUGGCCGCGUUUGCCAGGCUUGCGCAGACGGUACUUCCUGUAACAAAACACAGACGCGAAACCAUACGCUCUCUCGUCCGCCUUAUGCGCACUCUGUGCGAUCAUCGCUGCGGCGGCCCCUCGAAAUCCAUCGGCGUGGUCAUGGUGCUGUACGCCAUAUGGAGGUCCUGCGAGGACGGUCGCUCGAUUGCUUGGGCCCUGCGGGAGGACGCUCUUGCAGGCUUGUUCUGGGUGGUGAACGGGGACAUAGAGGAAGCGAAGCUAGAGUUCGCCUACGCAGCGAUACGGUUCGUCGCUGAAAACACGUACCGACUCUGCGUGCUUCGUGCCCUCUGCCCCAAGGGCACGCAUCUGUUGACGUUCAUCAGUGGGAAAUUUGCGUCUCCUGCUGUGCUCUCCGCCAUCGACGCCUGGAUUAAGGAACGCGAGUUGGUGCGGCGUGCGUCAUACUACAAGGCCUGCGCGCUUCCUGAGUGUCGGGCACAACAUGCAAAAAAACUUCGACGCUGUGCCUGCCUUGACGCGUUCUAUUGCUCGAAGGAUUGUCAGCGUUCCCAUCGGCCUCUGCACAAAGACGUGUGCGCAGGCAGUGAUGCGAGUCACUUGGGAUACUUGCGCAGAUUCUCCUCAUCUAAGCUUAAUACACUUUUCCCCGAAGACGCUCAUUUCAUCUCCGUUUGUGGGCGCCACUACUUGAACAUGCACGCACGAGCGAUUCUCCGGAGCGUCGAGCGCUUGCAGGAAAAUGCGCCACCUACCGAACGGCCGCCCACGAUCUCCAUCUUGAUCAAUAUUUCGCGCUUGUUUUGCGAUUAUCGUGUAUUCUUGGACGAGGAUAGCUGGCCAGAGGAUCAGGAGGACCAUCCCAGCCAGCCCACACAACCGAGCAUAUUGGAGGAUCGACUUGCUGGCGGGGCCGAUACAUUCACCAGCCUUCUCAAGAAGCCGGGGUACGAGGGUCUUAUCCAUCGGACCGAGUCAACGUUCAUCAGAGACGAGUCGCUUGUUUUGGUCUUGGCGGAAGUGACCUGCGGUACCAGUGUCAGAGUUUAUCAUGUCAAGGCGAUGCCACUGAGGCUGCUUAAGGAGUUCGCACAAUCCGAAGAUUACAUUAACUACUAUAAUCCUCCUCAUUCUCCGGAGUACAUACAACGAGCUGUGUAGAAAUUGUCUCGUCAUGAUCCGGCAUAGUCCUACUAAUAUAUCGAUUCCCUCCGACAUUCAA